AUGUUGAACAAAGCCCUGGAGGCGUUUGGUGAUCUUGGAGAUGACGCGGAACUAGGACCUGCUGAUUGGCCUACUGUUAAAAGAUAUAUUACAAUCUUGAAUGAUGUGGAAGAGGAACGCGUGCACCCUCAUGCUGUAUCCGAGAGUGAUGAUAAUUUACACCAUAUGAAUUUGAAAGAUACACGCAUUCGCUUUUUAAAUGGUGUUCAAGCUGCUUAUUGGGGGAUGCUUGAUGAGGGACAGAUCACACAAACUACAGCAAAUCUUUUAAUGCAAUCUGUGGAUGAAGCAAUUGACUUGAUAUCUCAUGAGCCUUUGUGUGAUUGGAAAGGUUUAAAAGCUAAUGUUCAUAUCCCAGGCUAUUAUAAAGUUCUUCAAAGUGUUAUCCCCCGAAAGCUCGUUACAUACUUCACUGUCGAAAGAUUGAAAUCGGCAUGUUCUAUGUGUGCUGCGUUUCUUCAUGCACAUAGAGUUGCACGGCGGCAACUAAAUGACUUUAUUGGUGGCAGUGAGAUUGCAUCUAUUGUAAUUAAUGAAAGUAAGGCAGAAGGAGAGGAAAUAAGGAAGUUCCUGGAAGAACUUCGUGUUACAUUUCCACAGGCUUUGCAGGUUGUGAAAACAAGGCAAGUGACCUAUUCUGUGCUGAAUCAUUUAAUUGAUUAUCUCCAUAAUCUUGAGAAGGUUGGGUUGUUGGAGGAAAAAGAGAUGAAUCAUCUAGAAGAUGCUGUCCAGACCGACUUGAAAAGGCUAUUACGGAAUCCUCCUUAA